UAUGUUAGGUGGGGAGUGGGGUUACGGUGCGUGGACGAUCAAGUAGAUCGGUGCGGUUAACGCCUGUUUCGAUAGGAAAUCGUCUGAUACUUAUAGAAUCGUGAGGUAUAAGCGCACGGGCAGCAGUGUCUUGGAUAGGGAAGUAGGGUCGGUAGGUGGCUGCCGGCGUCAGUUAUUGAUAGUGAAACGGCAGGCUGCGCUGCACUGGGAUUUUCAGCUCUGCUGAUAGCAGACUAAGGCCAUGUCAACCUUUGAUGGUCACUUGCGGUCAUCCGGGGUUGACUCGAUGGUGACGGAUGAGGUGGAGCUGGGCGAGGCAUCGCCAGUUGUUGAGCGUCGCGGCCUGGAGACGGAUGGCUGGAGUCGUCGGCCCACGCCACCGUCCUCGCUGCCUGGUAUCACCCCGGCUUCGGCGAACAUUCCACUGAAUUCUCCUAGCCACCAGCAAAUCAAUCCCACGGUGCAGGCCAAGAUCGAGUCGAUCAAAGCGUGGGGAAUCUCCACAUACAAAUAUUCCCGGCAGCUGAUCUCUGAAAAGCUGGGCAAAUCGUCGCGCACCGUAGACGUUGAGUUGGAUGCCCAAAUCGAGCGGCUGCGAGAGACCCAGAAGGAAUACUUGAACGUGCUGAAGCUGGCGCGGGCCCUAUCGUCGCACUUCUGCAACAUGCUCAAUACACAGCUGCAGCUGAGUGAACAGUUCACGGAGCUGGGCCAGCAUAGUCCGGAGCUGCAGGACGAGUUCGUCUACAACGCUAACACGCAGCGGGCGCUGCACAAGAAUGGACGUACGCUACUCAACGCGCUCAACUUCUUCGUCUCGUCCAUCAACACGCUGUGCAACAAGACCAUGGACGACACGCUGGUGACCAUCAAGCAGUACGAGAUGGCACGGAUCGAGUACGACGCGUACCGGGCCGACCUGGAGUGGCUGCAGCAGAGCGGCGAGCCUGCCGGCGCCGCCGGCGUCGCCGCCAAGCUGGAGGAGGCGCGCCGCCAGCACGACGCCAAGAAGGCGCACUAUGAGAAGCUGCGCGCCGAUGUCGUCAUCAAGCUGCGCUUCCUCAACGAGAACCGGGUGAAGGUGAUGCACAAACAGCUGGUGCUGUACCACAACGCCGUGUCCAACUACUUCACGGGCAACCAGCGCGCGCUGGAGGGAACGCUGAAGCAGUUUCACGUGAAGACACCAUCGGCCGGCGACCCGUCUUUCCUGGAGCGGGCCGACUCGGCGUAAGGUGGCGGCACCGGCGGCCUGGGGGCUUCGCCGGCCCGGCGGCCGUUUGGGGCAGACGGAGCGCGCCACCCGGCCUCGACGGGGCUGGCGACGCUCAGAGGACCCUCUCCCCAGCGGGAGGGGCGGUGGGAGGCCGCGGGGCGUCAGGCAGGUCACGUUCCGGCUAGGACAGGGUGGACUGAAGUAUGGGGAUGAUCAGGGGCGGGCCGAUGCAGGCUCGGGCGGACGCAGCGGCUGAACUAGGGACGCCGGUAGGGCUGAUUCCGGUCGGGCUGCUCGGGGUCGGCGUUGGACCCUCUUAGUUCUCAUUAAUGAUUGAUGUUGAAUGCUGGUUUUGCUUGUGAUUCAAUUCAAGACGAAAAGCUGACAAGUUUUGGAGCGAUCACACUGGUUGCAUGGUAUCAUAAUUAUGUACCGCCAUCCGGCAGCAUGCCAUAGUUAUCGUUGACAUUUUCGUGGAGGACGUGUUAAACGCAGCUACGGUGACAGGGCACCAGGACGCAUUACGUAGGAAACAAGAUGCGGUCAUGCCGACCGCCCAGUCCUGUUUAUUUUUAUUUAUUAUAUUAUAAUUUUACUUAAAAAUUGGUCUUCUGCUCGGCCUUCGCUUCGCGUCUCACGAACUAGUAACAAUAUGAAUGUCCCAUUCCAUAACCCAGGUGGCUGUCGCCGCGGAGGCUUUGGGCGACGCGCGGCGCUGUGUAGUCGCUGCGCCUGCCGGCGUGUGAGCGGCGGCUCCAUGUGGGCCGUGUGGCGCGCCGCGGCCGGCGCGGCCUGACCCAGUCAUGAUCGUCACACGCUGUGUGCCUCGCACCGCUUCCGCUGUCGCCUCGCGCUGGCGGGAUGGUGUUCAGCUUGCCUCGGAUGAUUUGCGCCGAAGUUCUAGUCAGGCGAGUCAUUUUAGCUGGCGACGUCGACUGUGGCUGCGAUUUGACGCAUUUUUGCCAAGCACUUUUGUUUGUUUGUGGGGUUGCUCUGGGUAUCCAUUGCAGAAAUGUUGCACGACCUUUCGGGCUGAUCGUCGCGGGGUUACUCUGUGCGCGUGUGAGGCUGUCGUCUUGUUUUGUCGCGACCGGCGCUGUACAUAUAUAUGUGCGACUGUGCGUGCUCCAUGCCGACAGAGCACUGGACAAGUGCUGGACUGUGACCACGUAUCUUGAAUGCAAUAGGUGGAUGAUUUAGCUUGUCACCUUUGGUGGCAUGGGGUGGAAUCGUGCUAGUCAAAAUCAUCGAGUCGAUUUGGUGUCUUGCUUUUAUUUUCAAAGUAAAUUUGUCGCUUGCUUAGACCACGGACGUGCUUGAGUGUGCCCAUUUACACAUUCUCAGUGAUAGUCCAUGUGUGUUUGUGCGUGAGUUCUUCUCAGACCCUGAAAUACAACCUGGCUAGUUGCA